UCAGUAUCAGUGUUAACUAGAAUUUAUACACAUCUUACUGAUUCUGUCUACAUAGCUUGUUGAGAAAUGCUGUUUUGACUUCCUUUGUUAAAAGACAGAAUCUAAAAAACCUCUUGAGUUAGUGUAGGAUUGUUUGUUUAAUGAUAACGUACACACAGGCAUGAUUGCUCAUGAAAAGAAACUGAAUUGCAUUGAUAAGAAAUGUGGUUUAAGCAAGAGGAGGCGACCACAUCCUUAACCUCCAACCCUGUUUCCCCCUUUGCUCCACCCAAUUUACAAAUUAAAAGCGAAAGAAGAGUUACUCAUUUCUAGAGGCAGUUUGGCGGCAAAACGCUCCUGAGCAUUGCUUUGGUUACUGUGAAUGCCAUGGCGGACAACGAUUAUGACAAUGGAAUACAGAGGUAUCCUGGACGGAGAAGCAUACAUCAUGUACCACGGCACUACGACGGCAAACGCACAGAAUAUCCAACGUGAAGGAUUCAGACCCUCUUCCGAUGGGAUGCUCGGUUAUGGAGUCUACGUGAGCCGGAGUCAAGAGAAAGCUUCUCGUUACCCUAUAAAUGCAGGAGGACAACAGCUGGCCAUUCUUAAACUAAGCGUCCGAGUGGGAAAAGUGAAGAAGAUUGAUUAUCAGGAUCAUCCUUUACAGAAAACCUGGAGCCAACAUGGUUAUGACACCGCGUGGGUCCCUGCGAACUGUGGAAUGGUGAACAGUGGAUUAGAAGAGGACUGUGUUUAUGAUCCAAGCCGGAUCAAGGUUCUAGAGGUUCUUCCAAACUUUAGUGCUUUGGUUACUGUGAAUGCUAUGGGAAAUCGUAGCAGCACUGAAAAAGAGAAGAACCAGUAUCCUGGACGGAGAACAUACAUCAUGUACCACGGCACUACGAUGGCAAACGCACAGAAGAUCCAACGUGAAGGAUUCAAACCCUCUUCCGAUGGGAUGCUCGGUCCAGGAGUCUACGUGAGCCGGAGUAAAGCCAAAGCUUCUCGUUACCCUAUAAAUGCAGGAGGAAAACAGAGGGCCAUUCUUAAACUAAGUGUUCGAGUGGGAAAAGUGAAGAAGAUUGAUCAUCAGGAUCAUCCUUUACAGAAAACCUGGAAUCAACAUGGUUAUGACACCGCGUGGGUCCCUGCGAACUGUGGAAUGGUGAACAGUGGAUUAGAAGAGGACUGUGUUUAUGAUCCAAGCCGGAUCAAGGUUCUAGAGAUUAUUCCAAACUGAUGUUUUGUCAGCUUUAUUUAGGUGCCUACUUUUUACUUAGAAACAUUAUGAAUAUGUUCUUUCGCUGAGGCUUGCCAGAUGGUUAAUCUGUAAAGUCAAUGAAUGAAUGAAUGAACGAAUGAACGAACAAGACCAAAAAUUGUGAAAAUGGGUUUGUUUUGAAAUAUGCAAACACUGAUGUAUGUAAUGACCUUGAUUUUGCAACUUUACAAUCAAUGUCUGUUUUUCAAUAGUAUACUUGUAUGUCAAUAUAUGCUUCAAGUCAAGUCAACCUUUAUUUUUAAAGCGCAUUUAUAAACAACACAAGUUAAACCAAAGUGCUGUACAAUUUAAGAACAAAUUUUUAAUGCUAAGAAAAAGAGGAAAAAAGAUAAAAAAAAUUAAAAUAAUAGACUAAAAAGAUUUUUUAAAUUCUAUUUAAUUCUAUUUAUUAUUGCGAAAAUGUAGAAAUAAAAUGGUAAAAAAAAAUCAACAGGGUUUUCAAUUUGUUUGCUAUUGCUCAUUUUUAAUAACCCAUUUUAUUAAAAACACUAAAGGCACUAUACAGUAUAUGCAGAUUUGUCUUUUCAACCUCUCAGCUCAUAUCUCUGCCUGCCUUGUGAGCCACAAAUACUGGCUCAUUUGUACAAAUAGUGAAUGCAUUUUCCAUUUUUCUGUUGAAAAAAACAAAACAACAACAACAACAAAAAAAACAGUCCAGUUUAGUGACGUACAAGGA